AUGGAAGGUAGGGGAAAGGGGUGUGAGGACUUGGAGAGGAGGGGAGAAGAGGUGAUGGAAGAGGAGGAGAUUAAGAAGAAGAUCUCGUGCCACCCCAUGUUUGCCGUCUCCAAGGCGACCCAUCUCCACUGUUUGAAGGUAUUCUUUCAUGAGUUUCUCUUUUUCUUCUUGUUCUUCGAUCUCCCAUCUUCUUUCUCUUCCUGUUCUUAGAUCUCCCUUCUCCUUUUUCUUUUUCUACUUCUUCUUGGAUCACCCUUCGUCUGCUUCUUCUUCUUCUUCUUCUUCAUCUUCUACUUAGAUCACCCUUCUUCUGCUUCUUCUUGUUUUCUUCUUCAUCUUCUUCUUGGAUCACCCUUCUUCUGCUUCUUCUCGUUUUUCUUCUACUUCCACAGAUCACGCUUCUUCUGUCUCUGCUUCUUCAUCUUCUUCAUCUUCUUCUUGGAUCACCCUUCUGCUUCUUUUGUCUCUGCUGCUUCCUCUUCUUCUGCACAUCAGAUCAUCCGCUUUCUUAGAUCACCAGCUACCUUUUUCAUCUUCGGUCGCCCUUCUUCUUCAAUCACCUUUCUCCUUCUCCCUCCUGCAUGCACACACCCAUACACAUCAUCGCUUUUCUGACGAAGCCAGCGCUUCCCUCUGUCGGAUGAAAAACUCGAACCUCGAGAAAGAUAUGCUCCGGCGACCAGGAGGCAGCGAGCUCCGACCUGGACCAGCUUCAAGGACCCAGAGCUAAACAGCCGGCGAACCCUUCAGACCUCGACCUGUUCAUGGUAAUCACCUCCUCCAUAGUCCGAUAUCUUCAGCGUAAAGCCCUCACGCUUUUAGAAGGCAGAUAACUCGCCCACCCCCUCCCUGUAAAUGGGUCCAAACCCUAAACUCAGGGGCUCGAUCCCCUUGCGACCGGGGCCUGUCUGCAGGAAGCACACGCCGCUGCGCUGGUGGCGCUGGCGAGAGAGAUCGAGAAGCCGAUGAAGGAGGCCGCGGCGUUCACGGAGCUCGUUUACCGCCACCUUCAGAGCGUCACCGGUGUAGGCACCGCGGGGGGCGUCGAAGACGAAUAA